UGGCUGCUUUACCUAAGAGCUACUGUCGAACAGCUUCUACCAUCUGAGCCAGCAUAAAGCAUUUUAUAACACUGUUGUGCACAUGUUUUAGUACUGGUAGCUCAGCCGUGGCUGGAAGCUUAGCUGCUGAUGGAGCACAUCCGACUGCCAAAGGUGGAGAAUGUCAAGCUGCUUGACAGACUCACCCCCAGAAGGAGCAGGAUGGGCACCCUGUACCUGACUGCCACACACACCAUCUUUGUGGAGAGCCAGGCCGGAGUGCGCAAUGAAACAUGGGUACUUCACAGUUUGGUGUGCAGUGUGGAGAAACUGGCUGUCACUCCUUCAGGAUGCCCUCUGCUUAUCCACUGUAAGAACUUCCAGGUUCUUCAUUUUCUACUUUCUCAAGAGCCAGAAUGCCACGCUGUUCACCUGUCCCUGCAGCGUCUCUCCCAGCCAGAGAGAUACGAGGAGCUGUACUGCUUCUCCUAUAAGCCAAAUGUUGAUGGGGAGGAGAGACAACAGGAAUGGGACUUUUUGGACCUCAAGGCUGAUUACAGCAGAAUGGGACUCCCAAACUCACUGUGGAAACUCUCGCCAGUCAACCAACACUACAAGGUGAGUGACACUUACCCUGCUGACCUGUUUGUCCCUGAGAGUGCCACACCACCGGUCAUAGUGGGAAGCUCCAAAUUCAGAAGCAGGGGCAGAUUUCCUGCCCUGUCGUACUACUCCAAAGACAAUCAUGCUGCCAUCUGCCGCAGCAGCCAGCCCCUGUCAGGUUUCAGCGCUCGCUGCCUGGAGGACGAACAGAUGCUUGAGGCCAUCUUGAGGUCCAAUCCCCGCAGUGACUUUAUGUAUGUGGUGGACACAAGGCCUAAGCUGAACGCGAUCGCAAACCGAGCUGCAGGAAAAGGCUACGAAAACGAGGACAACUACUCCAACAUAAAAUUCCAGUUUAUUGGGAUCGAGAACAUCCACGUCAUGAGGAACAGCCAACAGAAAAUGCUAGAAGUGUGUGAGCUGCGUUCCCCCUCAAUGUCUGACUUCCUGGAGGGUCUGGAGAGCUCAGGCUGGCUGAAGCACAUCAAAGCUGUUUUGGAUGCAGGCAUCUUCAUCGCUAAGGCUAUUGCAGAGGAGGGGGUCAGCGUCCUGGUUCACUGUUCAGAUGGGUGGGACCGUACUGCUCAGGUGUGUUCAGUGGCCUGUGUGCUGUUGGACCCCUACUACAGGACCCUCAGAGGAUUCAUGGUUCUUGUUGAAAAAGACUGGGUCUCAUUUGGACACAAGUUCUCCCACAGAUGCAAUCACUUGGUUGGAGACCCUAAAGAGGUGUCUCCCGUCAUCGAUCAGUUCCUGGAGUGCGUGUGGCAGCUUAUGGAGCAGUUCCCAUGUGCCUUCGAGUUCAACGAGAAGUUUCUAAUUGCCAUACACAAUCACGUCUACUCCUGCCAGUUCGGCAACUUCAUUGGCAACAACCAGCGGGACAGGAUAGAGCUCGGAGUGAACAAGAAGACUCAUUCUUUGUGGAGUUAUCUAUGGGUGAACCGUACGGACUACAUCAACCCUCUGUACAGGCCAAACCACAGCCAGACCCAAGGGCUCCUCCGGGCAUCAACUGCCCCCUACAGUUUUAAGUUUUGGAGAGGGCUGUACAACCGUUUUGACCGUGGGAUGCAUCCUCGGCAGUCUGUAGAGGAUUAUCUGAGGGCCAUCCAGGAGGAGACACAGCAGCUGGAGGAGCAGCUCGCUUCACACAAACAGAAAAUUUCUCAGCUGGAGCAGGAGCAGGGGUGCACUGACACCUGGAAAGCAACCAUCUUUGAUAAGAGUCCCACAGUGUGGGCUCCUAGUAGCGACCUCGGUCUGGCCAACACUCCUCAGGACUACACCGGCGGCUUCAUCGCCAGCCCCUGCCAGCCUAAAGCACCAGACAGCAUCCUCCUGCCAAAGAGCACAAACCAAACAUCUGACUCCAACUUCUCCAACGGCAGCGAUCAGGAGUCCGGGAUCGCAGACCUGAGCUGCCGUUCGCCUCUCAGCGAGGACAGCGCCAGGGAUCCAGACUCUGAUGAGGCUGCCUACUCUGCUGCCUGAGGAAACGUAGCAUUGGGAGGGAGGUGCAGCACUGGACAGACGUCCACUGAGCGACACUGAACAAACACUACCGUUACUGUCAUCGUGUAACCCGACGAUUGGCCUAUUCCAGUGAGAGUCUUAUUUGGGUUGCACAGUUGGCUUGCACUUUUGUUUGCAUGUAUGUAUGUGAACUUUCUAUGUCCCUACAUUCCUUCUUGUUCGUAGUUGUUUCCUGUAGCUGACUGCAUUUAACCUCAUAUCAGUGGGAGAAAUCAAGAUUCCAAAGAAAGCUCAUAUUUUUGAACAUUUUAAUCAAAAUUCAGCAGAAAGUAGGUGACCUCUAUCAAGGAGCAAGAGCAACCCUCAGCAGUUUAAUGCAGUUCUAAACUGUGUGUGAAAGCUGUUAAUGAUAAGCCAUUUAAGUGUGUCUGUUUGCUUCGACUUUUGGUCUUCCAUACGGGUAUUUGUGAGAUAUUUGGCUUUACAGUGUAAACACCUUAAUAGUAAAAAGGAGAGAAGAAUUGACAUGAUAUGCAUUCUGAAUAUAGGCCAGUAAUACAUGGUGCUAGUCACCAUUCAUUGUAAUGCUGAAAGAUGAGCAGUAAUUCUGAUAUGUCCAAAUGUAGCAGAAUUUUAGCCCCAGAGGACUCAUUCAUGUCUGAACUGAACUCACUCUGCAGGCCACAGUGACCUCAGCUGGGGCCGGGAGUCAUUACACUCUAAUAACCAGUGGUCAGUGGUUUGUUUUUGGCACCUUGUUGUCCACCCCUGGAUGUUUCAGUGUAUUAUAGGAUUUCACGGGGUUUUACCACAAAGGGAUGUAGAAACAAGCUUUGAUUUGAUCAUGUCUGUGCACCACGUUUCAACGCCAUCGCAUGACUGGACUACUGGAGCAUGUGAACACACAACAAUACAGCUGCUUAGAGCAGCAGGUGACCAACAGAGACUCCUUGACUAUUUGUGUUAUCUCAGCUGUCCGACUGGCAUUAAAGCUGCUCGCUUUAAAAUUGUAGUACCCAUUAUUUUAGGUGCACUCCUGCUAAAGAACAAUGCAAAGAGUACCAAGCAAAGCAUGUGAAAGUAUUUUUGUACUAUAAGCUAUUUUUGUCUUCUCUGAUCUCGCUUUAACUGCUUUGUUUGGUUUUUUUCAGUGUCCAAAAUGUCAGAGUCAUAUUAAAUCCUGUCCUCGUAUUAAA